AUGAAUAUUUAAGAAACCUAUCACUUAUAUCUUGAAGACUAUUUUGUGGGAGAAGGGCUAAGUUAUAGUUUAAAUGACAAUAAUGAAUUCUUUUAAAUCAAUCGCCCCUAAAAUUAAGGUGGUAUUUAAGGAGAACCCAUAAGUUUGAUGCCAAAACCCAAAUAUGUCCCUUAAUAAAAAGAAUUCUUAUUAUUAUUGAAAAUCAAUGAAGGGGAUUAAGACACCUAUGAAAUUCAUAGUCUAAAUAAAUUCUCUAAAAUAAGGAGGUUCUCUGCAAGUGAAUUAAUUGUAAAAUUUAAUUCUGAUCGCUGCAAUCAAAUGAAUAGCUUUGAUAACUUUAUUAUAAUUACAUGCUUAGAUUAUGAAGAGGAAUAAUUAAAUUACCUGAUAUUUGAUUCGGAUUAUCAACUGAUUAAAACCUUUAAAUUUGAUAUAAAGUAUGCACAAUAUGAGUCUAUAUUAAUCUCAAAAUCAGCUGGCAAAUACUUAUGCACAUUGAUAAACAAUGGUUAGUAAAAAGACAAUGAAUAUAUCUCUAAUUAUUCAAAUCUAAUAAUUUUUUAGUUAGAGACAUAAAAUCUGGCUGAUUCAAAAACAACAAUAAAUAUUGUUUAAUUAAACUAAAUUCAAACUUCAGCUGAUUUUAUUUCAGAUUUUGAUUUAGUAAAAGAAGGAUAUCUUUUUAUUUCAUAUUUUAAUUUGGGAGUUCAAAUCCAUUAACUAAAUGAGCAAAAGUUGUAUUAAUUAGAUAUUUCCAUAAAAAAGAGAAUAUUGGGUAUAAGAGCUCAGAAAAUAUCAUAUGGUUUUCACGAAUAUAAUAUUGUCUAUUGGAAUGAAGAGCAUAUAUCAAACUUUUUGUAUGAGCCAAUUAAGAAUAAAAUUAUCUCAUGGGAGAAAAAAAUAUAAACUAAUUAAAUAAAUUUAUCUUUAAAUUUUGUUACUAGUGUCUUUAUAAAUGAUAAGUUUAUAGUUGUGUCAAAUACUAAUGGUAUAAGUAUUUACCCAACCAUUAUAAAUGAUGUUAAUGAAGGUAUGUAAUUGUAUUAUUAUCCAUCAAAAUCAGCAUUAAGUUACUUCAUAAAUAUUAUCGACUACUUAAUUUCUAUUGAGGAAGGAUCAUUAAUUUUAUACAUGAUUAAUGAUCCAUUAAUUAAAAUAACAGCCUCAGAACUCUAAAAAAUUCCUUAGUCCUUCAAAAUUAGGGCAAUAUCUAACUAAUUUGAUAAACCUCAAGUUGAAUGUCCUAUUCUUAAUCUAUAUUUUCAAGUGUAAAUAGACUAUAAUCCUACUAAAAUUUAGUAUAUCUACUUUGAUCAACCAUUCUAAGUUUGGUUCACUUAAAUUUAAAGAGGAGUUUAUUAGGAUGUUGGGUCGCCCUAUCAAUAGAUUAAAAUCAAAAUCGAUUAAGAUAAAAUAUAGGAAGUUAAAUGGAAUUAACUUAUCAUAAAAAACGGGUUGCAGCUUCAAGGCUAUGUCUCUAAUUCGAACUAAGUAAAGGUUGAAUUUGAUAAAGUUCUUACAGAGCAUAAAACAUUUUAAAAUUAAUACGAUCUUGGUGAUGUGGCUUACAUGAAAUAAUAGUUGCUCUAUCAAUACCAAACAGAAUUUAAAUUUAGAGAGAAAUUUUAUAUGAUCACCUAAUCAUAUUUUAAGCUAGAUUUGUAGGAAUGUGGUGUUAAUGAUCCCUAAAAUUGUGAACUUAUCCUUUCUCAGAAUUUAGAAAUCAGAAAUACAAUCCAUAUGAUUAGAUUCAACAUUCAUAAUGAUUAUGCUUACUUAGCUAUUGAUUAAUAAUUGAUAUAUGAGGCUUUUGAAAAUUUACAAUUGUAAAAUAUUAAGAAUUCAAAAAUAACAAUAUUUCGUUUUAAAAUGAAUGAGAAGAAUAAGUCUGUUAAAGUAUACAAAAUUUCCCAUUUACUACAUCAAACUAUUUAGAUUGAUAUUAUAGAUGAUAGACUAUACAUGCUUUACAAAUCCUAAGUUUAGAAUUAUAUAUUCACAUCUAAAAUUACUGAAAUUAAUCCUACUUUAGAUAUCCUUCAAUUGAGUCACAAAGUAAACAAAUGCCAAAACUUUGCUUUUAAUAUAGAAUUGUAUGGAUACUUUUUAUAUUAUUUUACAGUUGAGAUAAUUGAAUAAGAUGAUGUGACUCGCAAUUUUGAACUUUUGAAUGUGAUUAAUAUUGAAGAUGGAAAAUUUGAAUUAGUAAAUGCAAUUAAAUAUAAAGAGGGUUUGCCAUUGAUAAAAUUUAAAUAUUCUUACGUACUUUAUUUAACAAAAGGUGGAGUUUAUUUAUCAUAAUUCACCGAUAUAGUUGUGACUUAUCUGACAAAAUCAAACUUCCUAACUUUUGCAUUUACUUAAUACAAGGAUAAAGAUUAUGAAAGAUUUAGAAAAAAAAACUUGAUUGUAUUCCCUGGUCAGGAAGUACAUUAAGAAACGAAUCCCAGAAUAAAAAGAAGUUCUAGCGAAAUAUUCUUUUAUUUAGAACCGGUAUAUAUUACUGCAGACUCUAACAUAGUUAUUUACAAUAUGAGAUCUACAAUUCUAAAUUGCUAACACUUUUCGUUAGCAGACACUUUUUUAGAUAUUGAGAGAAAUUAUGUUACUACAUUGAAAAAGGAUAUUUUUGCAAUUCACAAAUCCCCAGGAAAGACUUGGGUAAUGAACUCAUUAUUAAUUUAAUUUAUAACACAUGAGCCCAAAAUUAAAAUAAAUUACCAAGCUAACACUAAAGAGAACCCUCUCAAAAUUGAAUUUACUGUACUUUCAAAUUAAUUGGGACCUGAAGAGUCUCCUUAAUUUUAAUUAAUAAUAGAAUCUGAAUAGUAAAAUUAAGAAAAUAGUUAAUAAGAAGCCAGUCAAUAAUAAAACAAUUAAUAAUAACAAAAUUAAUAAUAAAUUAAUGAAUUGAAUCUAGAAGAAUAUUUUAGAAGAUUGUUUGAUUAAUUACAAUAAACUAAUGGAAUUUAGUUUGGCACAAUUUGA